AUGGAAGCUGCCUGGAUUUCAAAGAACCAUGGUGACGAUCUGUACCUACAAUGCACGUACACUUGCAUGCGAGUACUCGAUAGAAGACUUGCUCAUGCAAGCAAGAAGGACAAAGUAGGACGUCAUCGACCUGACCGAGACGAGAAGACGCCAGCCUUUCAACGCCAGAUUAAGGUAAGAUAA